AUGGUUUUAAUGAUUGAUAACUACGACUCCUUUACCUACAAUUUAGUGCAGUAUUUGGGUGAACUCGGUGCUGAAUUGGAGAUUCAUCGGAGUCGAAAAAUAGGAUUAGACGCAUUAGACACGCUGAAGCCUGAACGGAUCGUCAUUUCACCCGGUCCUUGCACGCCGAAAGACGCAGGUAUAUCCAACGAUGUCAUAAAGCACUUCGCUGGCAAAGUUCCGAUUUUAGGCGUCUGCCUUGGUCAUCAGUGCAUCGGGGACGCGUUCGGUGGUGAAGUCGUUAGAGCAGAGCGGUUGAUGCACGGUAAAACCUCAAUGAUCGUACAUAAUGAGGUUGAGCUUUUCGAGGGAUUGGAUAACCCAUUCGAAGCCACGCGCUACCAUUCGCUUAUCGUAAAAAGAGAGACGCUGCCGGAUUGCCUUGAGAUCACUGCCUGGACGGAUCAGGAUGAAAUCAUGGGGCUUCGGCAUAGAACCUUGCCUAUUUGGGGUGUGCAGUUCCACCCAGAAUCGAUUUUAACGACUGCUGGAAAGAGUCUACUCGGCAACUUUUUGGCGUUAUAG